GUUCAAGCUGCACGUGCUUGAAUCAACAUGGCGCCGCCUGCUCAAUAGAAGUGGAGCAGAAAGUAAAUACAGAGGUACGGGAAGGAAUCAGCACAGUGAUGGCAGAUAUCAGCAGCAGCCCAGCGGCCAUCACUCCAGCCUCGCUCUCCCUGGAGGAGAAGCCUGAUGACCUCUCCAAAAAUGCUGUUGCCAAGCCUGAUGUUCAGGCUGAAGGAGAAAGCCAGGCGGCUCCUGACCCCGGCAUGUACCGCUACAUCAAAGAGGACCUGUUCACGUCGGAGAUCUACAAAGUGGAGAUCAGGAAUCUGCCCAGGUUCGUAGGCUUCAAUGACCUGAAGAAGUUCUUGGCCAAGCAUGGCCUCAACCCGCACAAAAUCAAGCUGUUUGGCAGGCAGACGUUUGCUUUCGUCACCUUCAAGAACGAGGAGGAGCGCGACAAGGCCAUGAAGAUGGUGCAUGGCAUGCAGUGGAAGGGCCAGGUGCUAAGUGUCAAGCUGGCCAAACCCAAGGCAGACCCCAUCUUGAGAAAGAGGAAGGAGAAUGAGGGGGAGAGCGCGGGAGGCCCGCCCCCAUGCAAACGAACAGAUGAUGGGGACGAGGAAGAGGAGCCGCUCAGUGUCCAGAUCGCCAACGUGGUGACACCUCUGUGGAACGUCUCUUAUGACGAGCAGCUGAAGAGGAAGGAACAGGAGGUGGUGGUGGUUCUGCAGAAGCUGGCCAAAACAACUCCAUACUCUGUGUACAGCCCAGAGACAUAUGAAGGACACUGGAAGCAGCUGACUGUACGUACUACGAGGACCAAACAUGCCAUGGCCAUGGUGUUCUUCAACCCACAGAAACUUGAAGAAGAGGAACUUGGUGCUUUAAAGAACUCCAUGAAGGAGUACUUCACAGAAGGAGAGGGGAAAGACAGCGGCGUGACCUCUCUGUACUUUGUUAGAGAGGGCCAAAGGAAAUCUCCAAACCCAGAGGAUCUCCCCUGUGAGCUGGUGGCUGGAGAGACCUGCAUUCAAGAAGAAAUGCUUGGUUUGAAAUUCAGGAUUUCUCCACAUUCAUUCUUCCAGGUGAAUACAGGAGCUGCAGAGGUGCUGUACUCUGCUGUGGGGGAAUUGGCCCAGCUGGAUCAGGACAGCAUAGUGCUGGAUGUGUGCUGCGGGACAGGAACCAUUGGCAUCUCUUUGGCUAAGAGGGUGAAAAAGGUGAUAGGGAUUGAGAUGUGCCAGGAAGCAGUGGAGGACGCCAAAGUUAAUGCAAAGCUGAAUGGUCUCAGUAAUGUUGAGUUUCACUGUGGAAAAGCUGAGGAUGUGUUCCCCAACAUCCUCAAUGCUGUCGUUUCAUCCAGCGUGACUGCUAUCGUAGAUCCACCACGAGCAGGCCUACACUCAAAGGUGAUACUCGCAAUCAGGAGAGCAGAGCAUUUAAAGAGGCUGCUUUAUGUGUCAUGUAAUGCCAAGGCAGCAAUGACCAACUUCAUUGAUCUGUGCAGAGCUCCAUCAAACAGAGUUCAUGGAGCCCCAUUCCGUCCAGUGCGAUCCAUAGCCGUGGAUCUGUUCCCUCAAACCAUGCAUGUUGAGAUGAUUCUGCUGCUGGAGAGAGUGGACUACAGCGAAGACUCAGUUUUAUAGCUGGAGAAGUGGGUCUGUGCAGUUUGAUUGGCAAAUUGGGCUUCCUACUCUAGAAAUGUAUCCACACAGUACUCUGAAGAAUUAACAUUCUUUGUCAUUUACAUAUUUGUAAAGCCAAAAAGUAACAAGUUAAAUCCCAGUUUUCACUGUAGUGUCUUUUUGCAUUAACCUUUGUUAGCUUUGACCUAAAGUUUAAUUUUCAAACUAAUACUGUGUUUUCUGUUAUUCCAAACAGUAUUGCUAAAAGCUUAACCAAUAAAUUACCACCUUAGCUAACUUC